AUGGAAAAUGCUCCAAAGAAUCAUCAACUAACUUCUCUAGACAUUCAAAAGGACAUUGUUCAUGCAUUGGCUCUUGAAACGACGAAGUUAAUCACCAUGGAUAUUGCUGAUGACUUCUUUGCCAUAUUGGCAUAUGAAUCUCGAGAUGUGUCAGUGAAGGAGCAAAUGGGUGUUGUUUUACGCUAUGUGAAUGAAAAAGGAUGUGUUAUUGAGAGAUUUUUUGGUGUUUCACAUGUUAGUGAUACUAAAGCAGUGUCUCUCAAGAAGGUAAUUGAAUCAAUGCUUACUAAACAUGGAGUGAGUAUCUCAAGAGUAAGGGGCCAAGGCUAUGAUGGAGCUAGCAAUAUGAAGGGACCGGAUAGCAUAACAACAGUCCUUGUGUUGUUAGUAUAA